AUGGCCAUGGUCCAAAGGAAAACAGCCCCUAGGACCGAGAAGUCAAGGGAUUACUGUGAAGACCAUUGCUUCAACGGGCACCAAACAGAGAAAUGCAAGAAUCUCAAGAUAACGAUCCAGAAACUGAUUGGCGGUGGUGACCUCAAGCAAUACAUACAUAAGGCAGAAAUUGAAGAGAGGGCUAAGCGAAGCAAGCAAGUCCAACUACCCGAAGGAAACCGAAGCAUCAACACCAUCUCAUGUUCCGAAGCUACUGGACCAUCGCUGACUGCCCAGAUAGGGAAAAGGCUAAGAAAGCAAUUCGAGGAUUACUGUGAGCUGUACAAAAUCGAUGGGGUAGAAUUAGAGGAACACGAGCGGUGGAUGAGCGCACCUAUGACCUUCGAUUAUGAAGACAUAGAGGAAGACAUGGAAGAUCACAACGAUUUCUUGGUCCCCACUUUACCAGUAGCAGGAUGCAACAUCAGGAAGAUCCUCAUCGAUGGAGGGAGCUCGGUUAAUGUUCUGUUCUAUGACACAUUCAAGCGAAUGGAGCUGAAUGAAGAGAAACUGAUGUAUUCUUAUUACACCAUCUACGGAUUCAAUGGGGCACCAACAAAGACCCUAGGAGAUAUUGUUUUACAAGUAGAUGCAGGACCAAUGAAGGUUGAUACUCGAUUCAGCGUAGUGGAUGCUCAUUCCCCCUACAAAGCCAUCAUUGGCCGAAGAUGGGUGCACAAGCUCAAAGGAGUAGCAGCGACCUAUCAUCAGUACCUUAGAUUUCCAACACCCGAAGGGAUAAUGGAAAUAAAGGGAGAUCAGGUCACCGCUCGGGAAUUCCAGGCUAUACAAAAUCAGCUCAAUAACGAACAGGAUGAGCAGCGUGAAUCCCGAAGAAAUCGAAACAAAGAGGCUACCAAGGAAAAAGCAAUUGACCUUUACCUCGAAGAAAUUUUCGGAAAAAGUCUGACGAAGGAAAGCAUCGUUCUAAAUACCGAAGCAAGCGCCUCAACAGGUAAAGGGGAUGGAGAUCCUACCAAAUAG